AAACGAGGGGGAGAAAAAAAGAGCCCAAAGAAGAGCCGGCGAUGGAAGAACUUACCGCUUUUGUCUCCAAGUCGUUUGAUCAGAAAGUGAAAGAGAAGAAGGAGCUGAUCACGUACAGGGAGGUGCUGGAAAGCGGACCCGUCAGGGGAACUAAGGAGUCCGGAGGCUCCAGCGAGGCCAGCGCGGAGGAGAGCGGCAGCCCGGCGGCCCGGGGAGCUGGUGGAAGCGGCGGCUCGGGAAGGCGAUCACCGGUGCGAGAACUGGACAUGGGCGCCGUCGACAGGAAUCGAGACGCGGACACUCCUAAACUCAGCGAAGUUUCGCCCGAGCUGAAAGAGCGCAAAGAGGAUGCCAAAGCGAUGGAAGACGAAGGGCAGACGAAAAUCAAGCAGCGGCGGAGUCGCACCAAUUUCACCUUGGAGCAGCUGAACGAGCUGGAGCGGCUUUUUGACGAGACCCACUACCCGGACGCCUUCAUGAGAGAGGAGCUCAGCCAACGGCUGGGACUGUCGGAAGCCCGGGUGCAGGUCUGGUUUCAGAACAGAAGAGCUAAAUGCAGAAAGCAAGAAAACCAGCUCCAUAAAGGGGUCCUCAUUGGAGCAGCAAGCCAGUUUGAAGCAUGCCGAGUUGCUCCCUACGUGAAUGUUGGGGCUUUGCGGAUGCCUUUCCAGCAGGAUAGUCAUUGCAACGUGACGCCCUUGUCCUUUCAGGUGCAGGCACAGCUGCAGCUGGACAGCGCCGUGGCGCACGCGCACCACCACCUCCACCCGCACCUGGCGGCGCACGCGCCCUACAUGAUGUUCCCGGCCCCGCCCUUCGGCCUGCCCUUGGCCACCCUGGCGGCGGAGUCGGCCUCGGCCGCUUCAGUGGUGGCCGCAGCCGCGGCGGCCAAGACCACCAGCAAGAACUCGAGCAUCGCGGACCUCAGACUCAAAGCCAAAAAGCACGCGGCCGCGCUGGGCCUGUGACUCUUCGGGCCCCGUGGCCAUCCCACCACCGCAGGCAGCAGCGCGGGGACCCGGGGGGCAGGCUCUCCGGACCGACGCCCCCGCCACCCUCCCGCGCUCCGCUUUCUGACAGAGGCCGACUUUGGCGCCUCAGGAGCGAGGCCAAGCCCGAGAGCGCCUGCGCGGCUUCCAAACUGAGGGGUUUUAGCCUCCAAGACACCCGGUCCGGGGACCCCGACGCAGCGGCCUGGGCGGGAAACUCACUUCUGAGGAAACGUCUUUGACCGAGGGGAGUUGAGGGCAAAAUGUCUGCCUUCCCGCUCCGGCUGAUCAAGCGAGAAGAAGAGGAGGGCGGCGACGACGGCAGGCGACUCCCUCGUAAAACGGAGAGGGGAGCGCAAAGGGGCUGACUGAGAAAAGCGCGCGAAGGACUGUGUGUUAGGCGCGCAGCUGGGAAGUUCACAGGUUUUGAAACGGACCCUUUUUUUUCCUGCGAAGUUCACUUUAAUGCGAGGAAAGUGGAUCUAAGAGAGGCGGGCCUCCUUUCACGUUGCAUCGGAUAAAGCUGGAGCUCGAGCAGCUACGAACUUAGAAGUUGGAGAUGGGGGG